GUGGAUUCUUGCCUGUCAGCCAUAUUUGUUCGGAGUAGCUGAUAAUUUGAGAUUUGCACCGAUUUACAGUACAACCAUGUUGACCUCCCGUGUUGCUGUUGGUGUACCUAAGCUCUUUAAGCGUAAUUUUGGAAUUGUUUGUCCAGCUCUCCAAAAAGCCACUGACCCAAUUCAGCAAUUGUUUCUUGACAAACUACGUGAAUACAAAUCAAAAACAGCGGGUGGCAAAUCUAUUGAUGAUCCUGAAAUUGUAAAGGAAAGACAAGCUGAAUUGGAGAAAAUUGCGAAACAAUAUGGAGGUGGUUCAGGCACAGAUAUGACCCAAUUUCCCCAGUUCAAAUUCACUGACCCAAAAGUGGAUGCAGGUGUCUCUUCGAGCAACUAGAAAUAUAACACUACAUGUAGAUAACAUAUAUUACCAAUUGUCGUAUCUCAGUAUGAAAACAGUUAAAAAUAAUAUAACUGAACAUAAACUAUGAACAUCUAAUAA